AUGGAUGAUGUUGGGAAAGGCAAGAAGAUUUUUGUUCAAAAGUGUGCCCAUUGCCACAUGAUGGGAAAGGGAGACAACUGUAAGACUGGACCAAAUCUCCAUGGUCUGUUUGGGUGGAAGAUGGGUCAAGGCUCUGGAUUCUUCUACACGGGUGCCAACAGAAGCAACGGCGUCAUCAGGGAGAGGAUACCUGGUGGCAUAUUUGAAGAACCACAAAAGUACAUCCCUGAAACAGAAAUGAUGCCCUCUGGAAUUGAGAAGGGGAAAGGGCAGACCUAA